AAUAAUCACCUAUUUUGCGUGCAUUUGCUCCGGAGACGGAUUUCUCUCACUCUCUCUCUCUCUCUAAAAGAGCAACACGCGAUGGAAGAAGUCGACGAAACGGAAGCUGAAUCGCAGGUGUACAUGGCAUGUAUUGUGCAAGGUCAGAGAGUUGGAGUUGCAUACUAUGAUUCCAGCAUCCGCCAACUAUAUGUCCUGGAAGUUUGGGAUGAUGGAAAUGAGGAUUUUCCCCUACUUGAUCUUGUGAAAUAUCAAGCAAAGCCCCUGAUCAUUUAUACAAGCACAAAAACUGAAGAAGCCUUCUUGUCUGCUCUACAGCGAAGUGAUGUAACUGAGGCCCACGAAGUAAAGCUUAUGAAAAGCUCAACAUUCAGCUACGAACAUGCAUUGCACAGGUUAACAAAAAUUUACAUUUUUCAGCUGAUGCUAGUGUUUAUUCCUUGCGAGUGGAAUGACUAUGUAGUUCAAGGCAUGAACUUUCUUGAACUUGAAGAGCUGAAUUGCAUGAUGGAUAUUGGAAGUGAUUUACAAGUUCGUGCAAGUGGGGGUCUCCUUGCGAUACUAGCGAAUGAGAGGCUUGUUGAUACCCUAGAACAUCGGGAAGGGGGCAACACAUCAAUAACCAUUGAUUGUGUCACAGAGAUCUCAUUAAACAAGUUUCUCAAACUUGAUGCUGCAGCUCAUGAGGCAUUGCAGAUUUUUCAAGUAGACAAGCAUCCAAGCCAUAUGGGCAUUGGGAGAGCAAAGGAAGGGUUCUCUGUUUUUGGAAUGUUGAAUAAGUGUGUAACACCCUUGGGCAGGCGUCUCUUGAGGACGUGGUUCUUGAGGCCUGUACUAGACCUUGACAUAUUGAAUAACCGUCUCAGCACCAUAUCAUUCUUUCUUUGCUGCGAAGAAUUGAUGGCUGCUUUGCAUGAGACCUUGAAGUCUGUAAGAGAUAUUCCUCACAUGCUGAAGAAGUUCAACUCUCCAAGUUCUGUCUGUACAAGUGGUGACUGGGCAACCUUUUUGAAGAGCAUUUCUUCACUCAUGCACAUACAAAAACUUCUUGAAGUUGGAAUUUCUGAAUGUCUUCAGGAUAAAUUGGAGUACUUGAAUUUAGGCAUUAUUGAAAAGGCAAAUUCAUGUAUUACAACAGAGCUGGUUUAUGUCUAUGAAUUGGUAAUGGGUGUCAUUGAUGUUAAUAGAAGCAAGGAGAAAGGCUACAGAACAGUGGUAAAGGAGGGAUUUUGCGAUGAGCUGGAUGAGCUAAGGGUAAUAUAUGAGGAGCUACCAGAGUUUCUAGAGCAGGUUUCAUCCUUUGAAAUUGAACGUCUUCCUCACCUGCAUGAUAAUAAGCUUCUUCCAUGUGUAGUAUAUGUACAUCAAAUAGGAUAUUUGAUAUGCAUAUUUGAAGACAAACUUGACGAAGAUACCCUAAAAGAACUUCAAGAUUUUGAAUUUGCAUUCUCAGAUGGAGAUGGGGAGAAGAUGAAAUUCUUUUACCACACGUCCAAGACGAGAGAAUUGGAUAACCUUCUGGGAGACGUUUAUCAUAAAAUUCUUGACAUGGAGAGAGCAAUUACUAGGGACUUGGUUUCUCAUAUGCUUCUAUUCUCAACACAUCUGCACAAGGCAGUUACUUUUGCAGCAGAACUUGAUUGUUUCGUGUCACUGGCACUGGUUGCUCAUCAGAACAAUUACGUGAGACCAAUUUUGACUGAAGAAACUAUGCUUGAAAUACGUAAAGGCAGGCAUGUUUUGCAGGAAAUGACUGUUGAUACAUUUGUUCCAAAUGAUACGGAGAUUCUUCAUGAUGGAAGGAUUAGCAUCAUUACUGGUCCUAACUAUUCGGGCAAAAGCAUCUACAUAAAGCAGGUAGCUUUGGUGGUUUUCCUCUCCCACAUUGGAAGUUUUGUACCAGCAGAGGCUGCUACUGUUGGUUUGACUGAUAGGAUAUUUUGCGCGAUGGGAAGCAAGAUCAUGACUGCUGAAGAGUCAACAUUUAUGAUUGAUCUUCAUCAAGUGGGAAAGGUGCUCAGGCAGGCAACAUCACGAUCUUUAUGCUUGUUGGAUGAAUUUGGCAAAGGAACUCUAACAGAAGAUGGCAUCGGUCUUCUUGGUGGAACCAUAAAUCAUUUUGCCAAUUGUGACAACCCACCAAAGGUUCUGGUGUGCACACACUUGGCAGAGAUCUUUAAUGAAAGUUUCUUACCAAAGUCUGAGAACAUCAAAUUCCACACCAUGAGUGUUUUGAGACCCGACCAAAAGUGUAGAAACGUUGAAGACAUCAUUUUUCUAUAUAGGCUUAUUCCUGGACAUGCGCUAUUAAGCUAUGGGUUGCAUUGUGCCCUACUCGCAGCAAGAAUUUCAUCAAUUCCUGCCUCUUGGAUUUUAAAUGCAUUUCAUUUCCUGCUAUCCAAACACAUGCUGAGUGUUCCUGUGGAGGUUAUUGAGAGAGCAUCAUUUAUAUUGGAUACCAUUGGGAGUAACAAUCACAUCCAGCGAUUGUGCAAUGAGAAAAUACUUGCUAAAGAUCAGCAAUACAAGGAUGCAGUGGAUAAGAUGUUGGCAUUUGAUGCUUGCAAGGGUGAUCUCGAUCUCUUCUUCCAGGAUAUUUUCCCCUCUGAUUCAUAGAAGAUUUUUAAAAAAAAGUAAAUUCUCUCCGUUCUGUUUUUGACACAGUGAAUCAUUUCCAGCAGACAGCAUAUUUGAGCUCGCAUGAAUAAAUUGGACUCAACAAUUGUCUCUAGUAAUAUUCAGCAAGAGUGGGUUUCAAAUUUGAAACAUCAGUCAGCAAUUAAUUAGCAAUCAGAUAAUGAACUCUUCUUAGUUCCAAAUCAUUGUCGUAAAUAGGUGGGGAAAAUUUUUAGAACCCUUUGAUUUUAAUGUUC